AUGUCUCGCUACACCAUACUACCCGAGUCCUUUAUGGCCCCAGACCCCUUCUCCCCCUACCUCCGCGUCUCCUUCCGCCGGCCCCAAGAGAGCCGUGAUCCCAUUUACCCCGCCUCUGGCCUCCAGCUCUCCUUCCGCCGCGCCAGCGACAAAUACGACCAGGAAGUCUUCCUCAACCACCGCAUCACCGCCGCCGACAUCCAGCACACCAGCGCCGGCCUGUGCACGGUGCUGCUCGGCAGGGACGAGGUGCCCAGGUACCGGGCUCACAAAAGGCGGGGGCAGCAGCAGCAGCAGAAGAAGCAGGGAAGAGGUGGUGCUGCUGGUGGUGGCGGCGCAAUGGAGGAGGAGGAGGAGGAGGAACCAGAGGUGCUGGUGAGGCUGCAUGCUUGGAGGGGGGAAAGGCACUUGGGGGCUUGGGAGGUUGGGAGGCUUCGUGGGAGGGAUGUUUUUCUAGUUAUGGAUGGGGACGAGUGA